GCCCUUUCCGGCAUGCUCUUAUUCAGCUCUCCUGUGCAUAUCUUCAGUGGAGCAUAUGCUCAGAGAAAGACCUGAGACAACUCACUGGAGCCUUUAUACAACAUGGCUAGAAAAGCAUGUGGUGCACUGCAGAAAAGGAAGAUUUCUCCUGCUACACUGAAAACCAAUAGGGUGAUUCUACAAUCAGAGCCAGAAACUGAAGUCCCCAUGCCAACUCAGUGGUAAUUUUAAUUCAUGAUUACCAAGGUGGAGUUUACCUUGCCGUUCCAGGUUUCCAUGUAAGAAUUAUGUGAUGCUGUCACAGCAUAUGGACAGAGAAGUUCCAAUGUCAGCAAAAAAUGGCUUCCAAGAGACUCAGGAAGAUUAUUUUCACUAUAGCUUUGCUUGCUUUUUUCUGUUUAUUUAUCAAGUGGAACUUUUCAGGAAUUUGCAUACUGUGUCCAAAAAAAGGUGAGGUCAUUUCCUUUAAAAGAGACAGUGGAAAUUUUCUGGAGUUGCCUCAUAUGGAUUGCAGUAAGAACCCUCCAUUUCUGGUUAUUCUUGUGACAUCAUCUUAUACCCAGUCCAAAGAGCGUAUGGCCAUUCGUGAGACGUGGGGCAAAUUAAAAUGGAUAUUCAACAGACUCAUCGUAACCUGUUUUCUUCUGGGAACUACUUUAAAGCAUGACAACCAGAUUGAUAUUAAUGUUGAGAAUGUGAAAUAUGGGGACAUCAUUCAGAAGGAUUUUAUUGAUUCCUAUUACAACUUAACAUUGAAGACAAUGAUGGGUAUUGAAUGGGUGCAUAAAUUCUGCACACAAUCCAGCUUUGUGAUGAAAACAGACUCUGAUGUGUUUGUGAAUACCUACUAUCUGACUGAACUCCUUCUUCAGAAAAAUAGAAACACCAGAUUCUUCACUGGCUUUUUGAAACUGAAUGAGCAUCCAAUACGACAUAUAUUGAGUAAGUGGCGUGUGAGCAAAGAAGAAUAUCCAGGCAACACAUACCCUCCUUUUUGUUCAGGAACAGGUUAUGUUUUCUCAACAGAUGUUGCCAGUCAGGUGUAUAACAUCUCUGAAAAUGUCCAGUUUCUUAAACUGGAAGAUGUUUUCAUUGGCCUGUGCCUGGCUGAACUCAACAUCAAGUUGGAGGAACUCCAUUCAAAGCAAACGUUUUUCCCAGAAAGGCUUAAAUUUUCCCCUUGCCGCUUCAAGAAAAUUGUGACAAGCCAUUUUGUCAAACCUCAUGAGCUGCGGAUUUACUGGAAUGCCCUGGAGAGGUCUAUGGAUGAAAAGUGCCCCGGUAGCUGAUAUUCAUUAAAUCUUUGAAAAUAAACUGAACAGAAUCAGAAAAUUUGAAGAUCUGAAUUCUGAAAUCUUUGAUUAAAUCUUAAUAUCCAUUUCAGCAUCAAAUAUUGAAAAAUCUAAUGUGUUUUUUCCAGUUGUAUUGAUCUUGCAUAUUUACCAACAAGUGGUUACUUACUAGUAAUGCUAACACAAGUCCAAGCUGGUGUACGAUCUCUUUUUACUAACGUUGCUUUACCAAUCUGGAUAGAAGCACUUUAAAACAUACAUAACUAUAGACUGGGGUGCAUUUUUAACUUCUCUAAAUCAAUGCUAUAUUUAGGUAGAUAUUAACAGUGGCUUAGGCCUUUUAACUGUUACUUAGUUUUUCUAGCUGAAAUCUGAAGUGACCCGGGGAAUGACUAACGUAUUAACAUUUGGAUCCGUGCAGUUCCCUUUACUGAGCCUAUUUUCAGGGCAUGCAAGAGGUUAUGGAGAGAAGGAUGAAAGCCAUUCCAGUACCAGUCCACCUGCACUAAUCAUACACAUUCUCAGCUUCAUUCCACGCUGAUUUUUCUGUAGUUUCACAAUAGAGACAGAAGCCAUUGGAUCACACAGCAGGCACUUGUCCUCUGAAAUUGUAACCCAGUCAUUCACUCAGUACAACGUGUGAAGGUUGUACUGAAUAGACACAUUAUUGGUGAUGACAGUCCAAGAAUACUAAAUGGGUGUCAGGAAUAGGAAGCUAUUCUGCAGCUUCUGUGGUUUAGUAUUGCUGGAUGCGAAAGAGGACAGGGUCUUUACAUGUUGUGUAGAAGAGAGAAUUUCCGCAAGUGUGCCUCAUUUGAGGAGCAAUGUUUGCUGAAAUUACCCCUUCUAUACAGCAUUUGAAGAUUCAGGGGCCCAGUCCCAUUUUGCAUAUAACAGCCCAAGUGUGAAUUUCAAGGAGCCACUCUUGGAAGUUAGGUCAAUUUUGAAAACAGCCUCUGAUGUAAUGCAAUAAACUCCAGCAUUUUUUUUUAAAAAAAGAGAUGAUGAUGAUACUCUAGUGUACAUCAGGAAGCAGCUCUGUUAAUCCUAGCACAAAGUGACUGUUGGAUAUGUGAAAAACGGUUAUUGUCAAGGAAGGCAGAUAAAGCAAACUGUCAUGAAAUACAGGCUGAGAAGCCUGUAUUGACUUGCUGUGUGCUAUACAAGACUGGAAAUCCCCAGCUUGCUUCUGGCAAUCAUACUGCUUUCAGUGACAUUAAAUGUGACAGUACAAAGUUACACCCUUCAAAGUUCCUCGAUUUUAAUGAAAGAGACAGCAUAAUCCUCUAUAUGUUUAUUCAGAAGUGAAUUCUGCUGAGUUCAUUGGGGCUUACUCUCAGGUAUGUGGGUUUAGGAGUGCUCCUUAAAUUUGUGUCCUUAACUCUCUGUUUGAAAUCAAAGUGGCAGAUCAUGCCAAAUAUAUUUGUCAUAAAUUCUACCAAUUAUACUAUAGCCGUUUAGUGCUGCAGCGGGACAUUUUAGUUCCCUAGGGUGAUGUACAGUAUAUUGCAGAAUCCAUACAGAACCAAAAUAUAGGCAUCCAGCCUGCAACAUUGUCACCUGCACAGUUGUGAGGGAUGCCCCCAAAUUUCAGCAACUUUUGAAGUAUAAUCUUUAUCUAUAAAGAAAAAAAGCCUGCUGGUCAGAAAUGCUCCAGUAAUGCACUGUAUUACCUGAAUCGGCCACUAGAGGGAACCAGAGACCAUGCUGUGUAUUCUUCAAA